AAAGAAAAUAAGUGAAUUUUGGAACGACACUGCUGAUGUGCCCCUUAGAAAAUGAACUAAUUAGAAAUCGAACAAUAAAUUGCCUGGAGGGUACUAAAACCUCAAUCAAGCGGAAACGUGUGUGCUUGACUUCUAUUGUAUUUGUGACAUGAUUGAUAGAGGCGGGGCAAAUUGUCACUUCAAACGAUUGAAAUUUUUCACAGAAUUCAAGCAAAGCCAACACACCGAGUCCGGCGAAGAAAUAAGCCAAUCAAAAUUCCCUUGAACAAGAAUUCGUGUCGUUGUUUGACAGUGCUUAACAAUCUGAUACUAACAGGCGAGAGUUCACCGUCCAACUUAUCAAGGCUAUCAGUCACAUGAAAUCCGCGACAAAGACUGUCACGACGCUAAAGAAUUUACUCUUUGGCACUACGUCAAUAUUGUGCCAUUAGAUUGACAACAAGCAAAUGAAUGUUGUCUGCGCAGUUCUAAAACAAACCAGGCAACUUGAGACGACAGAGAAGACUCCAUCCACUCACCAAGCAAAUCACUUCUUUCCGUAGUUAUUGCUCGACCGAUGGCCGAAAUUCAGCGUCGACCGGGAUGUUAGUUCGGACGGAAAUCUCUUGGUGGACGUGAGUAUGCAGAAAGCAGAGCGGUGGAUAUUGUUUCUCAGCCUUAUUGUUAAUGCGCAGUCUGCUUCACCGGGUAAGUGGAUAGCUUCAUAUUUGUUAUUUUGCCACAAGGAUAUUCUAGGGUCUAUGGGUUUCUAGACCUUGUAUUCCUUGUUUAAACUGUUAUACAAAGAUCGAUCUUUGUUCAAAUCAUCACAAAAGGCAAUCGGUUUCCGCUUUUUCAAUGCACUGCCAUGUACGAGAUCUCGUCACGCUUUGAAAAUCAAUUCGAAGUAAUAUGCCAAGAUCAAUGACUCUAUUCAUUUGAAUCAUGCAAGAAAACUUGUUUCUGAUCACCAAGGACAAAGGAGAUCUCAUCAAUAAGUUCAACAUAUAGACUCAAAUAUUUGCUCAGCUCUUAAAUCGCGACGAAGUUGAAAGUAAAUAAGUGGCAGGAGUUACUCAAAGGUUCUGUUUACCAUUUCCAUUGUAUUCUGAGCAUUGUGUCUUGUAAUAUUUCUGGGCUAUCCAGCUGUUUAAUACACGCUCGCGUUUAGUACUCAUUCAGAAAGUAAGCAGGCAACAUUGAAUUUGGUUUUGUAUUCGUUUCCAUGCAAACGUUUCAUUAAUUUAACACGUUCAAUGUUAUUAGGAGGGGAACUUAAAUGUCCGGUUGAUUAGUUCUUUUCGUGAUAAUCGAAAGAUGUUGUUUUCAUCACUGAGGUGCCAAUAUCUUAAAUCAGGGGAAGUCGAAAAACACUAUAAUUAUAUUCUGUAAAAGUACGCUCUCUCUCUUCCACGUUAAUGCAGAAAGAACGGUUUGAAUUCUGAAAAAACUUCAGCGUUGUGACGUAAAAGGAGUAAAUGAAGUAUUUGUUGUUGCCACCGGAAAGAGAUUCAACAGCUCUGACCAAACUAGAAAAAAAUGUACAGCAAUAUAACUCACAAGCUUUUAAAUCGUGUUAUUGUGGUCAGUUCGCCUUGCCAUUCUCAAUGCAGGAAGACUUAAAACUAUUUUAAAGCUCCCAUGUGUGCCAGUGUGUAUGGCCUGUGGUAUGAAAUACCGCCCUAACCAGUCAAAUGUUGUACCGCUGUCUUUUCGGUACUAUAAAAGGUCCACCGCUUGUGUCAGCAGUGGACGCAGCGUAUUUUGCUUGUUUUCGUGUUCGAAGCACCUCAAGCCAACCACAGAUGGGGGACGAGAUCACGCCCGAAAGCUUUUUGAAAGGGGUUCUGGGUCAGUGUUCUGUUUACUAAUUUCUCGGCAUAUUUGGCAAGGUCAAAAAUCAAUAAUAGAGCUGCAUAAUUUACAGAAGGGAACAGAUGGUCGCUCAAGGGCAAAAAAUCUGUAAUAAUUAUAGUUAAUUCUUAGCAUAAACGUGUGACGGUGCAUUUAUAUGUGCGUGGAGGUUUAUCUCGGUUCUGUGAUGCGUCUUACUCCAUUUCUCUUUUUCUCCAUUAUGUUAGCACAAUUAUAACUUUCAGCAAAACGCAGUUGUUCGCCCUUUUGCAUUAAGUUAAUUGCAAUUGCAUUGAAUUAAAACAACUGUUUGCUGAAUCGCAGUAGUGUAGAUCAAAUCGUUUCCCCAAAUACCACAUCACAGGAUAGUCAGGAAACGAUUUGCACGAUUUGUCUACAGUUAACGUGCCACUACAAAGAAGUGCAAAUAGUAGGAGAGUAUGAGCACCCGACGACCGAAUGUUUCCAACACGUCAGAGGUGUCUCAUAUAGUUUUCUCUACGCUUUACAAACCUCUUUGGUUAAUUUGGAGCUGCCCUAAUAACCGUAUAUCUCAUUCGGAUGUCUUAGAGGAACUUUGGUCACCACGAAAGUUUUAAGUGACUUUUUCUCUCAUCUGAACUGAACUUUUAGCUACUCUGACGGUUCCGGUCAAAAGUUAGAGGACAUUGAGUAGCCGUACUUUUCUUCCGAAAUUUUCUGGAGGCCUUUUUUUUAAAACACUAAUCGCAGUAUCUUGGUAGUAAAAUGCGAGAAACAAAACCUCCAAAAAUGGGAGGGCAGUUGGUAGAUCUUAAAAGAAAAUAUCCCAUUAUUCUUAGUAGACAAAUGGAACGCUUAUCCAGAAAUUUCUAGCCGUUCUCGAGCCUCAGAAAGUUUUAGGCAAUAUUUGCUCCUUCAGAGAGUUUUUUACCGCAGAAAAAGGUCGUUGGAUGCAGGUAAAAUCCACCCUGAAACGGUAUCUGGAGAAUGUUUGUAAGCAGACAUGCGUCUAUUGCCUUGCGAAGGUGGAUCAAUCCACACAACUCAGCGGAUUGCUCUUCCUCAAAAGGCGAAAUGAAAAUGGGGUCUUCUUUUAGACCUUGCACAUCAGUUGCUGUAAGUUUUACAUCUGAUGCGUAAAUAGUUAUAGCGCAAAUUCAUUAUCUCGAAUGGUCGUUCAAAUGUUUUGUCAUGUCAAUAAGUUAAAUCACCCAUCACGUUAUCAGCUUUUUGUGCGAUAAACUCGAGUAUGUACUUUUCAUUUUACUUCCUUUUCUAUUCACUUUCUUACUAUCAAGAGGGGAAAAAGAAAAGUAGAUGCAGCAGCGACAAGUAUUUGUUUUUCUGAGAAGGCAGACUGUACACAUUAGAAAAGCGCGCGUUUCAGUCUCUGGAAGUAAAUGAAGAGAAUUUCCGGCGCAAUCAACGAAUGAGUUCAGCUGAGAAGCAUUAUCUGAUGCAAGUUAAAAAAUAUGUUAUUUUUGUAAUUCACUCAUCUGCACACAUCAGUGUUUUUGGCGCGAGUCGUAAGUGCUGAGUCGUGGAUACAGAAACACUUCUUUGGUACACAGAGUUCAUUAGGAAAAGGCCAGAAAUUAAACCAACAGUCGGAUUAAAAUAUCAAGAAAAGGAAAAUCUGUAGAAAUUUUAUACCCGUUCGAAACAUUUAGGGUGUAUGUGCCGAACUCAAGUGAAAUUAAUAACUUUGUAAAAAACUGUAUUUACCUUUGCAGACAAAUAUCCACCUCACUGUCAAGUCAGUUCUAGCAUAAAACCUCUUAAAAAUGUCAAAGAAGGAACAGUCGUUCGAUUAAGAUGUAGAGUCAGUGAUUGCUCACGUCCGACCAUAUCUUGGCUGAAAGAUGAUCAACCGUUAUCGCAAGAAAAUGAAAGACUAACUCUAAGGAAUAAUACCAAUGGAAACGCCAGUGUCUUAAAGAUAAGGAACGUUAAACUUGAAGACCAGGGAAACUACACUUGCAUUGCGGAAAAUCCAUUCGGGCAGAUGGCGAAUGCAACACGACAACUCGUACUAGAUGUUCGUCCAGGUAGGGGGUGGAAACUGAAUACAAUUGUGAUUGUUAUGGCGUAGAGUUGGCUAAGAAAUAGAAUGGGUGGCUAAGUGUCUCUGUUGACAGUAUUGUUCACUUUUCCACAUCAUCUUGAUCUUGUGAUCAGGAGUUAAAAAACAUUAAGUACUAUCGGGAUUUCGAAGCAAGUAACCGGGAAUAAGGAAAUAAGCAAAGCCUUUCUUUGAGUUAGCGGGAGGGUCGAGUUAUCAAGGGUUCGUUCGAGUUACCGAGGGUUAAAUUACAGAAAAUGUACGAAGGAAAUCCAGGGGAAAUCGAUUUUGGUUUAAGUUUAAUAGCGCGAGGUUCGAGGUUCGAGUACGCGAGGGUUCGAUUUACCGAGUGAAACAAAAAACACACGCUGUGGCUAUAUGCUCAGCAGCCACAGCGAAAAACAUAACAGCUCAACAUUAAAAAGAUAUAAAUAACACCGAAAAUAAACGCGGCACGAAUGGAUAAACUUGUCGAAGAUUAAAACGGAUUACAAUUGUGGUUUUUCAAAACCUUUUCGCCUAAUAGUUUUCAAAGUUUUUUUGUUGUCUGCUGGGUUUGACUUUACUCUUAAGUGAUACUUGUUCGAUAGAACGCUGUGAUCUUGUCAUUCACAAGUGAUUUCUCAACCGUAAUUAGCAUUUUAAAACAAAAUAAAUGAGAAAGCCAUGGCACAGAGAGUUGAUCAUAACCGUUCGACUUAUACUGUGAAAGCUUAUUUCCUGAACUUAAGAUUGUAACAAAUUUUCUAUACUUCUUGUGUACUCUCGUCUACUUCUUACGAUAUUUGUCGACUAAAAUCGUAAUUAUCGAUUACUGAGUACAGACCCACCACAAAUCCUUCAAACGAUAUUAUAUCAGUACUAUCGAUUUUAUCAAUUGAACACGCCGGGCAAACACAGAAUCGGCAUAUUUGGCAAGGUCAAAAAUCAAUAAUAGAGCUGCAUAAUUUACAGAAGGGAACAGAUGGUCGCUCAAGGGCAAAAAAUCUGUAAUAAUUAUAGUUAAUUCUUAGCAUAAACGUGUGACGGGCAAUUUAUAUGUGCGUGGAGGUUUAUCUCGGUUCUGUGACGCGUCUUUCUCCAUUUCGCUUUUUCCCCAUUAUGUUAGCACAAUUAUAACUUUCAGCAAAACGCAGUUGUUCGCCCUUUUGCAUUAAAUUAAUUGCUAUUGCAUUGAAUUAAAACAACUGUUUGCUGAAUCGCAGAAGUGUAGAUCAAAUCGUUUCCCAAAAUACCACAUCACAGGAUAGUCAGGAAACGAUUUGCACGAUUUGUCUACAGUUAACGUGCCACUACAAAGAAGCGCAAAUAGUAGGAGAGUAUGAGCACCGGACGACCGAAUGUUUCCAACUCGUCAGAAGUGUCUCAUAUAGUUUUCUCUACGCUUUACAAACCUCUUUGGUUAAUUUGGAGCUGCCCUAAAAACGUUUUGGGUAACUUUUUCUCUCAUCUGAACUAAACUUUUAGCUACUCUGACGGGUCUGGUCAAAAGUUAGAGGACAUUUAGUAGCCACACUUUUCUUAGAAAAUUCCAGGGGAUGUACUGUCUUUUUACCGAAAUUUUCUGGAGGCCUUUUUUUUUUAAACACUAAUCACAGUAUCUUGGUAGUUAAAUGCGAGAAACAAAACCUCCAAAAAUGGGAGGGCAGUUGGUAGAUCUUAAAAGAAAAUAUUCCAAUACUCUUAGUAGACAAAUGGAACGGUUAUCCAGAAAUUUCUAACCGUUCUCGAGCCUCAGAAUGUUCUAGGCAAUAUUUGCUCCUUCAAAGAGUUAUUUUACCGCAGAAAAAGGUCGUUGGAUGCAGGUAAAAUCCACCUUGAAACGGUAUCUGGAGAAUGUUUGUAAGCAGACAUGCGUCUAUUGCCUUGCGAAGGUGGAUCAAUCCACAAAACUCAGCGGAUUGCUCUUCCUCAAAAGGCGAAAUGAAAAUGGGGACUUCUUUUAGACCCUGCACAUCAGUUGCUGUAAGUUUUAUAUCUGAUGCGUAAAUAGUUAUAGCGCAAAUGCAUUAUCUCGAAUGGUCGUUCAAAUGUUUUGUCAUGUCAAUAAGUUAAAUCACCCAUCAUGUUAUCAACUUUUUGUGCGAUAAACUCGAGUAUGUACUUUCUAUUUUACUUCCUUUUCUAUUCACUUUCUUACUAUCAAGAGGGGGAAAAGAGAAGUAGAUGCAGCAGCGACAAGUAUUUGUUUUUCUGAGCAGGCAGACUGUACACAUUAGAAAAGCGCGCGUUUCAGUGUCUGGAAGUAAAUGAAGAGAAUUUCCGGCGCAAUCAACGAAUGAGUUCAGCUGAGAAGCAUUAUCUGAUGCAAGUUAAAAAAUAUGUUGUUUUUGUAAUUCACUCAUCUGCACACAUCAGUGUUUUUGGUGCGAGUCGUAAGUGCUGAGUCGUGGAUACAGAAACACUUCUUUGGUACACAGAGUUCAUUAGGAAAAGGCCAGAAAAUAAACCAACAGUCUGAUAAAAAUAUCAAGAAAAGGAAAAUCUGUAGAAAUUUUAUACCCGUUCGAAACAUUUGGGGUGUAUGUGCCGAACUCAAGUGAAAUUAAUAACUUUGUAAAAACUGUGUUUACCUUUGCAGACAACUAUCCACCUCACUGUCAAGUCAGCAUAAAACCUCUUAAAAAUGUCAAAGAAGGAACAGUCGUUCGAUUAAGAUGUAGAGUCAAUGAUUGCCCACGUCCGACCAUAUCUUGGCUGAAAGAUGAUCAACCGUUGCCGCAAGAAAAUGAAAGACUAACUCUAAGGAAUAAUACCAAUGGAAACGCCAGUGUCUUAAAGAUAAGGAACGUUAAACUUGAAGACCAGGGAAACUACACUUGCAUUGCGGAAAAUCCAUUCGGGCAGGUGGCGAAUGCAACACGACAACUCGUACUAGAUGUUCGUCCAGGUAGGGGGUGAAAACUGAAUACAAUUGUGAUUGUUAUGGCGUAGAGUUGGCUAAGAAAUAGAAUGGGUGGCUAAGUGUCUCUGUUGACAGUAUUGUUCACUUUUCCACAUCAUCUUGAUCUUUAGUACAUUAAGUACUAUCGGGAUUUCGAAGCAAGUAACCGGGAAUAAGGAAAUAAGCAAAGCCUUUCUUCGAGUUAGCGGGAGGGUCGAGUUAUCAAGGGUUCGUUCGAGUUACCGACGGUUAUAUUACAGAAAAUGUACGAAGGAAAUCCAGGGGAAAUCGACUUUGGUUCAAGUUUAAUAGCGCGAGGUUCGAGGUUCGAGUACGCGAGGGCUCGAUUUACCGAGUGAAACAAAAAACACACGCUGUGGCUUUAUGCUCAGCAGCCACAGCGAAAAACAUAACAGCUCAACAUUAAAAAGAUAUAAAUAACACCGAAAAUAAAGGCGGCACGAAUGGAUAAACUUGUAGAAGAUUAAAACGGAUUACAAUUGUGGUUUCUCAAAACCUUUUCGCCUAAUAGUUUUCAAAGUUUUUUCGUUGUCUGCUGGGUUUGACUUUACUCUUAAGUGAUACUUGUUUGAUAGAACGUUGUGAUCUUGUCAUUCACAAGUGAUUUCUCAACUGUAAUUAGCAUUUUAAAACAAAAUAAAUGAGAAAGCCAUGGCACAGAGAGUUGAUCAUAACCGUUCUACUUAUACUGUGAAAGCUUAUUUCCUGAACUUAAGAUUGUAACAAAUUUUCUAUACUUCUUGUGUACUCUCGUGUACUUCUUACGAUAUUUGUCGACUAAAAUCGUAAUUAUCGAUUACUGAGUACAGACCCACCACAAAUCCUUCAAACGAUAUUAUAUCAGUACUAUCGAUUUUAUCAAUUGAACACGCCGGGCAAACACAGACAAAAAUAUAAGACAAAGUAAGAUUUCACUUCAACCAUUGCUUGAGUGGAAAAACUGCCGUACUUCUACUGACGGUUGUGCAAAAAAAUCUUUGUUUUACCCAAGAGACACCCUAUGUUAUUUGUGAUGAAUGAACCAACACUAUUAGAAGGUAGAGGUGGAACAUCCAGUAAUGUUGCUUGAACUGCAUUUUAUAAACAUGAUUCCCUGGUGUAUUCACGUUUACUUAAUAUUUUUUGUAGGUACUUCAACGACCCCCGCUAAUACUACUUCGCAACCAUCAACCACUCCAGUGCAAUCACAAGGUAGAUUAAGAAGCUGUAACCCUGUUAGUAUUUUGUAUCAUUUACACAAUAAUUUUUAUCUACGAAACCCACUGAUUGAGUAAUGACCACCCCUUUAAACCCAUAGUGACGUACGUCCGUCAUGAUAUGAGUAGAAUGAUUAGCCAAAGAGGUUUUGAUUGUUAAACAAUUUCUCCUUAUCUGAUCAUAGUACCGUAGGAAGGAUCAAGAAACUAAUAAAGGCAUAGGUAAAGGUCAAGGUCCUUAUUUUACGUCGGCAACUCGCAAAAGUACUAUACUGACAAACCUGAGGCUGACAGUGCGAAAAUUACUGCUAUAUGACAGCAUUUUAAAACUCCAAAAGUUGACCCUGUCACGUUUGAGAAGCGCAGAUUGACGAUAAUUUUUGGAAUUUCAAGUCACCUUCUCUUUUCUUGUUUCAUAAGGCUCACUUGCCUAUUUUUGUUCGCUGUUAGAAGUUAUUAUACAGCCUCGACUAGCAAAUUGUCACUUUCGCGGCGGACGAAUGUUCCCCCAUUUUGGUGGUCUUGUUGACUACUGAACUGUCUUUUCUACACUUUUCCAAUUCAUCCAUGAGCUGGCUCACAGGAGCCUGUAAUUGUUUCAAAAUUCCCUCUAAUGGGAAGAGUGUUGUGUGACGACACAAAGAUAUACGCACAAAGGUGACGGUUGAAUAUUAGCAUUGUAUAAACUGUUUAAAUUUUUCCAUUUUCCUGUAAAGAACGGAGAGAUGGAGCGCUAAUGUAUUGGGCGGGGGGACAACAGGUUUCACCCCAAGGUUAGACUCUGCCAUAAACCAAGAAGUGGGGGCUCGACUUCUAUUCGUGUUUGCUUUAAUUGACCUUCUUUUUUUUUAGGAAAGCCUGUCUUCUCCGACCCAGAUACCUUAAAAAGAGCAUUCAAAGCCUCGCCAGCGUCUCACUCAGUUAAGCUUAAAUGUAACGCGAAGGGGACACCACCACUUAAAUACACCUGGCUAAAAGACGGAGAGCUUUUGAAAGGGAGACGACUGGACCCAUACCUUAACACCUCAAUUUGGUACCUUAAACUGAAAGAUUUGGUACCUAACGAUGAUGGACAAUACACUUGUAUAGUAUCUAAUCGAUAUGGCAGCAUAAAUCAUACUUACAUGGUCAAAGUUCUAGGUAAGAACACGGCUGCAUAUCUUCGGUUCCACUGUAGACUCGUAGUUUGACAGCUGAUUUUUGAGAGUUUAAUGUCCAUUUAUAACAAACUUGAUACCCCAUAUUAACAACUAUGAACGCAAUGAGAAAAGGUUGUUCUCGGUAUAAAGGGUCUUAUAGCAAUCAACCCAUGACCAGGCCAACACAACAGAGACAGCUGUAGAGAAAAUGGAAGAAAUACCCCUAAGUCCUCUUCUCUUUUCGAACAAAAGUCUAGGUAUUUUACGUCUCCUUCAAAUUGUAAAGGGUUGAUGAAAGAGACAAGGCCAACGGCUUGUCGUUAUCGUCACCGACCAGCGACGUGAUCUUCUGACCACAGCCUCUCCGAUCCUACUAGACCCUUACUGGGGGUCUUGCCGGGGUUCUAACCCGUGACCUUACCCAAACUAAACCGGUGCUCAUCCAACUGAGGAAAAAGGCGACUAACCUCCCGGGGGGACUUCCAUAUGAAAGUGACCGGGAUGUUCGUUGGAAAAUUAAAAUUAAACCCUAAGAGAGACCAAUAUGGGUGUGGCUCAAGCGUAAACCGACCCCUAAAGGAUGCAAUUCACAAACAGACAUGAGGGCUAGAGUGUGUCGUGUCGUGCCAGCGAUGUCAUGUUCUUUUUUAAACGUUAGAUUUCUGUGCGUUCAGUGGCAAGGAGAUUUUUUUAACUUUUUUAUGCUCAGCCCUAAGCGAUACAUGAAUUGGCAAAUAUGGUGACUUUCUGUCCCAAGCAUCCGAAGUGAGACCAAAACCUGCAAUGUACACCCCCAAGCGAGACGACAAACACCCCCGACACUUUUAUAUGGGAACCCCCCCCCGGGGGGGGGGCCUAAACCCCAAACAUUGAUGCCGUUUGACAGGUUCUCUCGAUCACUAAGACAGUGCAGUUUUCAGCGAACGCCUUAUCUUAUUGGAAAGAUGCGAACCAUUUGACUAUGCAUGGCCUCUACAUCUCUCAAACUAACUCCAUAAAAGUUGAAGGACAGUUGAGGCCUGGCGUUUAACCGGGUGUUAAAGUCGUGACGAGGCAAAGGUUCACGGUUAUUCCUUAAAAACGAAUUACAAAAUGGUCGUACAGUACUAUGUAAAAUAAUCUUACUUGUUUCUCUGGGCCAAUUUGGCUAUUUCCCGUCUAAGUUGUCUGUUACAAUACGACUAUUUCACGCGACCAACUCAGCUGUUUUAAAAGACUUAUGUAUAUUUUAACGAAUUUUCUUGAUCGUUUUUUAACAGCUAAACCACGAACUCGACCUAUCCUGCGAAAGGACCUUCCAGAGAACACGACUGUAGAGAUAGGGAAAAAUGCUACAAUGAAAUGCCAUGUCGUGGUCAGUGGGACGCUUCCAGAUUUUAGGUGGCUAAAAUGGGACAAAUCUGUCACAUUUGUGUCGAAGAUAGAAGACAGCUUAGACAACAAUGGGUCAUUUAAACUUAUAGAUCCACGAUAUUAUCAUUCUUUGCAAUUGGGGGAAGGAUAUGGUUCUGAGGUGACAAUUAUCAAUGUAACUGAGGACGAUUUUGGACUCUACACUUGUUAUGCGAGUAAUCACAUUGGAGCGGAACAUAACAGCGCUUUCCUCAGCAGAUACGUGAAACCCACCAAUCCAGGUAAGAAGUUAGUUUUGAAUUAGUAAAAACCAACCAAAGGUUAGUGAGUGCAGGCGAGAUCGGUUCAAACGCUCUUGCUCCAACUCUGUGUUUUGCGUAUUAAACCUUCGCGUGAUGGAAGGCCAUAACGCGCGUGAUCAGAUUGCCUUCUAUGCAUUCUGUUCACUCUUAAUGCCGGCUAUAUACAUGCAUGUGUAAUCUUUACAACCUGGAGAUUAGGAAUGCAGGCUCCUCCGGUCGCCUGCAAUUACUUUUUAAAACAUGGUGUUGCUAUCGAUUAUAAAACAAUUGUAUACGCAUUUCAUCAAGGCAACUAGUAUGGCUCAAGUUAUAACUUCUGAGUCUCAAAAUUACAUGGGGAACAUCAAAGAGAGCGCGUCUUCUCUUUAAAACGCUAUGCACUUUUGUCCCUUGCGCCAGAGGCGUCUGUGUACGUGGUCUGUGUAAAGUACUGUCAUAUUUUGUGUGCAAGUUACACCUGGAAUAAUUACGUGAUAUCCUAGCCUGUUCGAAGACCCUCUAUUUUCUCUUCAAAGUCCGUCGAGCGCGUGUGACCGCCAGCCCAAGGGGGUAGUGGUGGGGGAAGAAGAAAAAAGACGGACGUUCUUUAUUUUUCUUUCUCGCGCGCUCGCCGAAGUUCUCGAAAAGAGCGAAAAGAAAAAUAAAACAACGUCUGUGUACAGGAUAAUGAUAUCCAGGUUGAAAGCUCUCAAACGAAACGUUGAAAAAAAAAUAUAUACAUAGCAAUUUGGCUAACUAUUUUCUUUUGGCCUCUUUUAGGUGGAGCUCUAAAUCCUACUCAUGGAAAUAACUCGACCACAAUUUCUGGCGUGCACCAACCUGCUCAGAUAAAAAAGAAAGAUGAGCCCGGAGACAACGUCGUUAUUAUUGUACUCAGUGUAGUUGUGUUUUUGGCUUUUGUAACUGGAAUCACUGUAUUCAUUGUCUAUCGCCGUAUAGUAAAGGGAAAGUUAGCUCAAGAUUCCAAACCCCAAGAUAACAUUGUCACUCUACAACAAAUGGAUAUUAUUCCUGCAACAUCAACCCUUAUUGCAUCGGAACCUAAUACUCAAAAUCAAACCGAUGGAACUCAAAGAACGUUUCCCUAUCCAAUUCCAAGGAGGCGAUUAAGUUCUUCUGACUCUACCACACCUUUAUUAAAAUACAGACAUGGUAGCUGCAGAUCGCGCUUUUCCUCAGGUGUAUCAUCGAGAAUUGACUCAAACAUCGCUGAAGGUAAAGAAAAGGGUCGCCGACGCUUAUUUCGUUUCGUAAGGACCACCGGUAGACGCGUGGCUGCUAAGCCUAUUAAAUCCUUGACAUUGUGUUACCGUGAGAUCCAGGGGCCGAAUUCAAAAGGCCUCCUAUGUAUAGCGUUCUACCCUGCACCACAGACGGAACUAAAAUUCUAACCGCGGCAGGAUUAGCCAGGCGGUAGAGCGCUUGACCGGGAGGUCGCGGAUUCAAUGCAGGGUAUUAAAAUAACUGAGAAAUGCGUUUUCCAGCAAACGGGUAGAGCUUCGGUUGGCUCGGAUUACCACGUAAAAUGGCGGUCCCGUUCCCAGUAGGAGAUGUAAAAAUAAUGUCUCCAAUUAGUACUUUCGUGCUUAAUACAUUGACACUCAAAUAAAGCGCUUUUUGGUUAAGUCCGUCUGCGCCGAAAACCUUGUUCUGGUCCCCAAUAGAAAGAUUUGAGUACGCGCUAAGGUUGACGUGUUAAAAGUGAAAAUGUCCAUUUGCCAGUCAGAUUGAAGCCGGGUAAAUUCGAAACGCAUUUCUAGUAUCUCGUUGAGUUCGUUGGGAACCCAGAGCAAGGAUAUCCGCGGUGCUCGGCAGACGUUACUAAACGAGAUUUGUCUCGGUACUCCCGAAUUCAGACGAAUUCAGCUCCUCGCCACACUUGUAAAAUAGCGAAAUGGUUCUUUUCAUUUAUUUGAUUCUGUCCUUUUUGUGGGUCAUAAUAAAAACUACUGGGUUACCAAUUAAUGGGAGACUUUUAUGAAGUCACUUUUUUAAUCAAAUGGUAUAAUUACGUUGACUUCUAUUCACCCUUAUUUAACACAGAGCUUUACGAGCUGCCUUGUGACGAGGAGUGGGAAAUUGAAAGGUCUCAACUUACUCUAAAGGAACAGCUUGGUGAAGGAGCAUUCGGUUUGGUCGUUCGAGCUGUUGCUGUCGGAUUGCCCGAAUUGCCUGCUAGAUGCUCUGUUGCUGUAAAAAUGCUUAAAGGUAAGAGACACUACAGCCACUACACCCCUUCAGUGCGAUCUCUCUUUCGUCAGGUUAAGUUUAUUCAAACAAAAGCAAGGGUGGUGCAGUGGUUAGACUACUCGCCUCUAACCAAGGUGGCCCGGGAUCAAAUCCCGGCGCCGAAGCCAAAAGUGGGCUGAGUUUGUUUUAGGCUCUCCUCUUUGCUCCGAGAGGUUUUUCUCCGGGAACUCCGGUUUCCCCGUCUCUUCAAAAAACCAACAUUUCCAAAUUCUAAUUCGACCAGGAAUGGUAGACGAAGAACCAGCAUUUAGAUAUGCUACCUCUAAAUCAUGGUAUAAUUAUUCUUUAACCCAUUCAUUUAUUAAAACUCAUUCGCAACGUUUUCCUCUAACCGAGGUCGGCUGAUAAGACUAAUGAUUACAAAGAAUUUGCUAAACUUGAGGAAACCGUGUUAGACUCACAACAUCAUCACUUGAUAGAUUAAAAUGCACGUAUGGAGAAUCUUCAAUUAUUUGUGAGAGGGUCACUGUGCAAUACAAUAACUGUGGAUAAAAUGUGAUCUCUUCUAGCUGAUGCAACGGAGAACGAACUAGCUGACCUUCUGUCUGAGAUGGACACCAUGAAGGAUAUUGGUAAACACAAGAACAUCAUCAAUUUAAUUGGUGCAUGCACACAAAAUGGUAAGCAAUACUGAAGCCGGAUAAACUUACGCAUUUCGUGGCCGUUCAAGCACUCUGCCCUCUUUGCUUCGGCGGCCCCCUCGGCCUACUUAAUGUGUCAUUGGAUGAACAAUAGCCUGUUCACAGACCCUCUUUUUUUUCGCUGUAGACAAGAUCAAACACGCGUUUCAUUUUAUUUUAUUUUUUUCUCGCGUCGCGCUUGUUCGUGCCCUCUUUGCCUAGGCGGCCCCCUCGGCCUACUUAAUGUGCCAAUGGAUGAGCAAUAGCCUGUUCACAGACCCUAUGUUUUCGCUGUAGACAAGAUCAAACACGCGUUUCAUUAUAGUUUUUUCUUUUUUUUUUCCUCGCUUCGCGCUUGUUCGCUCGGGCCUGCAAAAUUCGGCGGGAAAACAUUAGUGGACAAGCCAGAUGAGGGCCUCAACGGGGUCCAUUAGUGGAAAAUCUAACAAGAAUGAGCUUCUCUCAAUGAAAUGUUGGUCACUGUACCAAACUCUCCAUAAAACAACAAUAAAAACACCCUCCAGUAUUCUUUUUUGACUGUCAUGUACGCGGUGACACAUAGAAAGGUUACACAAAGACAGCAACGAUUGCCUGCGAAUAAGGCCGCCGCUCCUCGCUCCUCACCUCACCGUUUUUGCGGGAGGGAUGUCUCAGAUUUCUGAUUGCUUUCCUGAUUAUGCCAAAAAGAUUUUAAACUUACAAAGGAUACUUGUACUCACAAGUUUUAAACUCGGGUAUUUCAGGUCCUCUGUUUGUCAUAGUGGAGUUUGCACCCCAUGGCAAUCUCCGGCAGUUCUUGAGGGAAAGAAGACCUUCUGAGUAUCAACACACAAGGCCGAAUUCCUCAGGUCCUUCUCUUACUGUCAGGGACUUUGUAUCUUUCGCGUUCCAAAUAGCAAGGGGGAUGGAGUAUCUGGGAACAAGAAAGGUAAAGUAGACAUUUUUUGUAACAGAACAAUAUAAUAUAUAUAAAAAUAAAAACAGUAUGCGAGUUCUAAAUAAGGAUUAGGCGAUCAAUAGAGCGCAACCUAUGAACGUUUGCUCCUCAUAUUACGAGAGCAAAAGGCGACAAUUAUUGAAAGCUUUUGGUGUGCCGCAGGAAAACCUGGCAAGUGUGUCUGUUAAUCAACUGGACAUCAUUGAUAUAGGGCGUUUUUACUCGACGCCACGGCUGAUAUAUUGGUGUUCCAUGCACCUGAGGCCUUCUUCUGAGAAGUGGUUAAGCUUGACAGAAUACUUGCUAAGGGCUUUAAUUUUAUAACAAAAAACUUUCUCUCUGUUGUUUUCCAAAUACAGUGUGUCCAUCGUGAUCUUGCUGCUAGAAAUGUCCUUGUCGGUGAAGACUAUGUCAUGAAAAUCGCUGACUUCGGUCUGGCACGGAAUAUUAGGGACCUGGAGUACUACAGAAAGACCACAGACGUAAGUUUGCUUUAUACCUUUUCCACUUAGUGAUGAUGAUGGUGGUGGUGGUGGUGAUGUUGGUGAUUAUUUGCGUUCGAAAAAACCAAAAAGCAAUGACGACAGUCAAAGCAGUGUUUGAAUUGGUGUUAGAACCCUAUUCGAGACCCAUUUUGCUGAUAAUCACAACAUAAAUUGAAAGAUUUGAUUGUCAACGCCUCUCACGCUAUAGAAAGAUCGCUGAUUCUUCCUUUCUGGUAAAUCUGUUGCCUCUGAUAAGCGUGAGCUCUGGUAGCUAAAAGCCUUUUUCGUCACUGACAAUGUGCUUCACCUUCGCACCACACAGACCGGACAGUUCCCCCUUUGAUCUAAUUUACCCAUGGCAUGCAAAUAUUCUGCGGUGUCCUCAACUAUAAGCUGUUUUCUGCUUUCAGGGUCGACUACCGAUAAAAUGGCUGGCUAUUGAAGCAUUGUUUGACAGAGUGUACACGACGCAGAGUGACGUAUGGGCAUUUGGAAUACUUCUCUGGGAAAUUUUCACUCUAGGUAAGACCAUCAAUUUACGACUAAGUCGCUUACGUUCCUUUGUAUUGUAUCACUAUACUCUGAGUUUUCUUUGACCGGUUACCUCUAAAAGCAUCGCAUUUCCUUAGAAUAGUAAAUACCUCAGUAGUCAACAGUAAAACUAGGUCCUCAUCUGAAAUAAAACAAGUAGAAGGUAUUUCCGAGAAAUUGUCGACUAAAGUGGCUCCUCCACGAAUACGCCAUUCAUUUUUUUUCGUGACUGGUGCUGUCGUUAGCGGGAAAAAAUAAUCAUCUAUACUUCUCCUUGCGAGGAGAGUUUGACUAGGACUGACUGGACAUGUACUGAACUCACUGUUUCAGGUGGUUCCCCAUACCCAGGAAUACCAGUAGAAAAACUGUUUGACCUGUUAAAGUCUGGAUACAGAAUGCAGAAACCACAGAAUUGUCCAAAUGAAAUGUAAGUAUGGCCACCCAAAGUUUGUGCGUAGUCUUCGCAAAUCUUCGUCAUUUUACAUGUGAAAACCACAGGAAAGUGGACCAGCUUUCAAAAAACAAUAACAAUUCAAUUUAGAAUACUUGUCAUUUUUUGUCUUUUAAACAGAUACGAUGUUAUGCUGAAUUGCUGGGAUGAAAACAGCAGCAACAGAGCCUCGUUUACAACCCUAAAAAAAACAUUUGACGCCAUGCUGUCAUCCCUGGCCAGUAAAGUAAGUGUCUGCCCCUGGAUGACUGUUGUCUGCCGCUUUCACGACACCACUAUAUUCAAACAUAUUUUUCGCCUCUAUGACACUUACACCAUAACCUUUCUUUUCCUAUAUGAAAACUUUGUUUUUGCUGUAUACCCUUGACUAAUGUUCCCUGUUCACGGACUUAUUGCAAUAGAAUUCUCACAGCACAUAUUUAAUUAACUGGGCCUUUUUAGGCACAAUUCUUGAUUGUUUCCCUUCUUUUCUUGAAUUAUACUAGCGGGGAUAGGCCACAAUUUGAGUCUUCGCCACUCUAUUCGAAUGCUUUUAGCCUAAAAUUCCUCUUCAUCUCGCUCCAUGCAGAAGAUGUAAUAGCCUGUUCAAAACCUGAUCAUUCCCUAUCUUUCACAAUAAAUAGCUGAUUGAAUUUUAUUUUGAUUACAACAGGAGUACUUGGAAAUACUGGCUCAGUCAAUUGAGGACAUUGCGCUUAGCAUGGAAACGCCCAUUACGGAUGACUCUGACAUUAACAAUGAUACUAUAACGGAGUCUUCGUGCUAGCAGUUUCCGCGAGAGUCACAGCAUAUGACAUUUCGUUCCAUCCGAUCUGGAAUUAUGCCUGUAGCUACUUGGUUCCUUAAGCAGGCACCCAUGGACGCCGUUGUUGUAGUUUGCUGUGACACAGUUGCUGUAUAUAAUUGAUGGACGGCUCUUAGAGGUCUUACAGACUGCAAGUAAGAUGUUUUUCUAAACAAGGUCACGAAUUCAUCUCGUCGCUGCAGAACAAUUUUAAAGAGGCUACCCAAGGAGCAACCGAAGUUGCCGUUGUACAGACAUGAAACCUUCAAAUCUGCAGGAAGGCAUACCUUAGAGUGCUUUUUGGUGUUCGGUAUUUAUGCCAACUUGCAUGACGGACUGUAAAUGUCUAUGAUAUGGUAACUAUGGCAGCUUACAUGCUGUCUGCCCUUCAGAAAGAUUACCAGUCUGGUUAACUGUCGAUAGAGUUCAACAAUACAUCGCCACCCACGUCUCACUUCGGGUCACUGAAGAUAAGAUGUAAGCUCCGUCUUCAUAUCUUUCUUCAGUUCCAGUGGCGAGUACUUCCUGACGAAUAGAUUUUUUCCAAGGCUAGCUUGAUAGUAUGAGAGGGCGCGAAAUAUUAGUGAAAAUAUCAAAUAGAUGGCCUGAAGUUUGCUAUAACGUGUCCUUGAACACUUCGAGUUUACUAACCCAGAUAAUUGUACAGUCUUCCGUUUUACGUAGCGUUAGAAAGCCGUUACUCGUAUAAUUCUCAUCUCCUCGGACAGGAGUAAUAUACAGAAGUAAUAAUACUCAGUUCAAAGAGGAUGGUAAAUAUUCAGAUGUAUCUAAAUUUUUGGAGUGAAUAGUUUAUGACAAUAAUAAAAAGAAAAAGUUAGAAGGAAGUGAGUUUGAUGUGUAUUGUGGGUUAGGGUGUACUUUUUAGAAAGUCGUUCCCUUUUAAGAAAUAGCGGUUAUAGAAAGGUUGGCGUUGGUAUAGUUUCGACCUUGUGCGGAAAAACGUUUCCACUGUUUUUCAAAGUCAUAUUUGGUGCAUUGAACUAGUUGAAUACAGUAAGUAAACUCCACACAAAUGCCUUGAAUAUGAAUAUAAAUGCGUAGUGCAUACCCCGUUUAAGAC